AUGGCGUCUACCAACAACUCCAGCCAAGAGGAUCAGAUUUCCGCGGAAGAGAAGUCGCUAAACAAAGAAGUCAUGUGUGACUCCUGCAUGGGCAGUCCAAGUCGCGCUGAAAAAUCCUGCCUGACUUGUUUGGUGUCCUACUGCACGUCCCAUCUGAGGCCACAUUUGGAAAACGUGAAGUUUGAAAAUCACCGACUGGUCGAGCCCCUUCAUGACAUCGAGUGCCCCACGUGUGACGUGCACAGUCUGCCCUUGGUGCGCGUCUGCCUGGAGCACGGCCUCUGCGUCUGCUCCAGCUGCGAGACGGAGGCGCAUGGUGGUCACGUGACUGCGUCUGUGGCGGAGGCACGGGCCAAAAUUGAGAGUGAAGUAGCAGAAAAACAAGCUGAGAUAAGUUGUGGGGUUUCUGAAGUAGAAAAGGCCAUCGGCCAGCUACAAGGCAACAAUGAUACAGUGAAGAAAUUGGUGCAAGAAGCCAGUGUUGCAAUAGAGCAGCAGUUUUCCAGGCUACAGAGCACUGUCGACGAGGCCAAAAAGAAUGUGAUGGAGAUUUUGGACAGAGAACAGAGGCAGGCGCUCCGACAGUCUGAGAACAUACAGUCUCAUCUGGAGCAGAGGAGAGAGGAGCUCCACAGGGUCCAGGCUCAAACAAACAAGCUGCUCAGGGCCAAGUCCAACAUGGACCUUUUACAGAAGUACUCUGAGUGGAAGAAAGUGUCACCAGAUGUGUCUCCGCCUGCCGUCCACGGUCCCAGCAUGAAGCAUCUGAUCUUAUACGUGCAAGUGGUCACCGACACCACGACAGACCUGUCUGAGCUGGUUCUGUCCAACUACAGCAAGAGCAUGGAGCAGGUGUCCAAAAGUGUAGGAAGCAAAGUCAAGACCAAAGACACUGAGCCUUCAACACUUCCACUGCCUUUGACCAGAGAGGACUUUCUGAAAUACCAAAAGAGCCUGACUUUCGAUCCCGACACCAUCCAUAACUUCUUGCGUGUGACAGAAGACCACAGGAAGCUGACCAACACCAGUCCGUGGCAGCACAGUUACCCGGACAACGGCAGCCGCUUUGAUCACUGGAGACAGGGCCUGACUUCAGACAGUCUGUAUCUGGGCCGACACUACAUCGAAGCAGAUCUGAGCGGAGAAGGCGCUCACGUCGGAGUCACGUACAAAAGCAUCAGCCUCUCUUAUGGCGACAACUCCUGCAAGUGCAACCAGUCUGCGUGCAAAAUCUUCAAAGGAGCGUACCACUAUCUCUAUCCCUUUAACAUCGAGUACAGCCUCUUUGCCUCAACCAUGGCCUUCGUCAUGUGGAAAAAUGUCGGACGAAUAGUUGCAAGCCAGACUCACCACCACAGUUUUAAGUUUCAUGCAAAAGACGUGUGUUUGGGGCCUGUGGUUGGGGUGCUUUUGGUUCUGACCGGCCUAGUCACGUUUGUGUUUUAUGAGAUUGGGAGUCAAAUGGAAGACUAUAAGAAAGACACAGCUGUGGAUCAUGCCAGCCUUUGGAGCUCGUCCCCAGUUUGA